AUGCCUUUAACGAUUCUCGCAGAUUCAGACGUUCGCGCUCUACUCCACAGUCUCACCAAGCAGGAUAUACUCGAUUUGCAGCAAAGUCUUGCCGAUGCCCUGCACCACUAUUCAACUGCCACUGUAGAUGAUUCAAAUGGCUGCUGCGCCGAAUACCAACCCCUUCGUACCACGCUCAAACGCAAUGAUGGUCAGACCACGCUGUUCAUGCCCGCGAGCUCUGAAGACGGCAUGGGCAUCAAGGUUGUGACACUGUCCGAGCCUGGCUCGAAAAAGACUUCAAAAUCAACAUCCGUUACAUCGUCUAUCGAAUCGCUCUCGAUCUCGCAACAGUCAUCCGAAACCGCCAUCUCAUCCACAGCCGCAAGCACAACACCAAAAGGCAGUAUCACACUGCUGGACAAGACUGGGUCGCCCAGAGCAUUAAUCAAUGCAGAAGAGCUUACCGCCUUCAGGACUGCUCUUGCGAGCACGUUCAUUCUAGGGCGUAGGGACAAUGUGCAUGACGUAGUCGUCUUCGGCGCAGGGAAGCAAGCAUACUGGCACAUCCGACUUGCGCUGUUGCUCCGAGGAUCCGACAUCCACCACUUGAACAUUAUAAAUCGCGAUUUCGAGCGUGUACACCAUCUUCUUGAGAAGCUGUACAGUCCAAACGAACAGCCAUCGCAAUGGUCAGCGAACUAUGCACACGUGCCUGCCUACAGGCAGGAGAACAAAGAUACAGAUCUCCACCGACCGAAGAUUCAGAUCCUCACUCCCGGCCAUGGAGAGUAUGAUAGAUUGCUCAAGUCGACAAUACGUGCGAGCAGCGUAAUAUUUUGCACCACGCCAUCACUUACCCCUCUCUUCCCCGCAGCCCUACUUACAAAUGCCGAAGGCCGUAAAAAGGGCCGAUACAUCGCAGCCAUCGGGUCAUACAAACCGCACAUGAUAGAGAUACACCCAGACAUCAUCCGGCAGAACGUUGCGCCAGAUCACGGUCGCCAUUUCCACAAACAUGCUACGCAGGGUGGUGCGAUUAUAGUCGACAGCGUGGAAGCCUGCAUGCAAGAAGCCGGAGAGAUUAUCCAAGCAGGCCUCUCGCCGUCCGAGGUCGUGGAAGUGGGAGAACUAGUCAUGCUGAAGCGCGACGCUGACCGACGUCGCCAAACCAGGAAGAGCGAGGAAGAUGCACACUGUGCCGGGGUCGCGUUGGGCGAGGGCGAGAAAACGAAGGAGAACCGCAGGGGCGGUAAAGCGAAGGAUGAUCAUGACGAGGAGGAUAAGGCGCAUAAAAGUUUGAUUGACUGGCUCACGCGUGGGAAUGUUAUAUACAAGAGCGUGGGGCUGGGGUUGAUGGAUGUUGUUGUCGGCACGGAGUUGUGUCGGUUGGCGGAUGAGAGGGGGAUAGGCACGCAGAUCAAGGACUUUUAG